GCGAAGUGAGUUCUAAAAAUAUAUCGGGGUGUUAGUUUCGCCUUCAAAUACAACUUCUGCAAUAAGAGCAACAACACUUCUCAUCUGAACAAAAAUCUGAUAGACAGCGCCACCGUCGCUGAUAACUUGUUUUUGUUUACAUUCUUAUCUCUUGUUAUCAGUAUUAUCAAUUUCAGUGUAUCACUCCUGCUUAGAAUAUGAAUAAAAUAAGCUAUCGACGUGUCUUGUUUUCUGAUCACUGUACAGGAUUUAUAUUACAGACUUGUGAGUGUAAUCGUAAACUGUGAUACACUAUUUGUUCUUUUAUUUACAAGCCAAGCAAGGAAAUGUGUAGGUAUUGUGUUCAAGCUGUAAGAUUUCCUCCUUGAUUUGACUCCUUGAGUUAUGGUGUUCAGGAAACCUCCGUGACGCUCGCGCAUGUUUUUCUCCUCGACGGUUUUCGGGGAUUGUUCGUAAAUAGAGGACUUGUGUCGUUACGAGCGCAGUAUUAGUUUUACAUUGGUGUGUCUUGAACUUGAAGAGGGUUUUCUCCAAUAUGGCUAAAGGUCUUGGUUGCACGACUGUCCGAUACCCUGAGGCCGCUGCUCAAGCCGCAGCCAGCAUCCAUGCUCUUUCGAACCAUGCUAUUUGGUCUAGACUACGAGUUAAGCAAUUGUCAAAUUUCAUAAAACUUAAACAGGUUGAUAAAGAAUCCAGAAACCAAAGCUGAACGCCGAUUGGCUCUUAUUUUUGAACUGUUUUUAACCUAAGCAUGAGGUUUAUCAGCGAGGCCUUGCUGUAUUUGUCACAUAUAGCUUGAAGCUUUGAAUUGUAUUAAACCUCUGGAUUAUCUAAAGUGCAAUGCAAGUAUCCCGUUUUUCAUCAAUUUUUGUGGCCUUUUUCAAUGAGUCAAUAAGUACCCUUAUGUUUUGUACAUGUUAUAAUCAAUACCUUUUUUUACAUAAUUAAUAAAUAUAUAUUUUUAUUGUUUCUGGA